AUGACUGUCGACCCGGCGACCAAGCAAUCCGCAGUUCACCUCCGUCCGAGUAGCUGGGCAGAUGGACUUCGUGGAAUUGCCGCUCUUUUUGUGGUCGCUAGCCAUACCUGUCUCUCUUUUGCGACAUAUCUGAUCCCGCCGUCUUUCGCGGAAACGGGAAAGUCUAUUUUAUUUCAGCGACCGUUUUUUAGACUCGUCAUACAGGGCCAGGCCUGGGUUGCCAUCUUCUUAGUGUUACUUGGGUUUGUCAAUGCCCUAAAACCACUCCAAUUAGCCCGACGAGGGGCUACGACCGAUGCGCUCGUUGCGCUUUCGACAGGCGCGUUCCGGCGAAAGUGGAGACUUGUCUUCCCCGCUGCCCUAAUGACAAUUUUAGCUUGGCUUGCAUGUCAAUUUGGCGUCUUCCAAUUGGGUAGAAGGGUGGAUGCAUAUUGGCUAAGAGCGACAAGCCCUCAACGGAGCGCAUCUUUGAGCGCUGCCGUCGUGGAUCUGAUGAAAGAGUUAUUGGGGACUUGGAUGUACGGAGAAAAUGCCUACGACCAACCGCAAUGGGCACUAUUACCCCUUUUCCGUGGCUCCCUUUAUGUAUUCAUGACCCUGCUGGCAUUGGUACAUACCACUCCACUUUUCCGCCUCUGUGCGCAAAUGGUCCUAUACGCCUAUAGUUGGGCAACCCUGGAUGGUACUGUCGGUACAAACAUUUUCGCUGGCAUGAUACUAGCAGAACUAUCAUUCUACAACCUAACAGCCCUCCAGCCACGCACGAUCUUUAGAGUUCUCCCCUACGGUCUCGUCACGUUGGGCCUCUACAUCUGCUCAUAUCCCGAUCAGUACGCCGACCAAACCGCAUGGUCUUCGCAACUUGCAUCGCUUGCCGAAAACAUCUUCCCAAAAGACGCCAACGUCAGCCGCUACUAUGCCAGCCUUGGGGCGCAGAUGGUUUGUCUUGGAGUGAUGCUUUCUCCAUUCAUGCGACGCCUGCUCUCUCACCCCAUGUUGCUAUGGCUGGGAUCGAUCAGCUUCCCGCUGUACCUUGUCCACGGACCACUGAUGCGAUCUGUUCUUGUUUACCUUGUCUAUCUACCCAUGACAUUUGGCUUUGAGCCUACUUUGAAAGCAGAUGGAACACCUGACCCGGAGUCUUAUAUUCCAACGCCGAACAUAUUCCGACUCGGGGUUGUUCUAGUGAUAUUUUUCGUAUUCUUACUAUAUGUUGUCCAGCAGUGGACAAAGCAUAUAGAACCGAAGAUGGGUGCACUUACAGCGGCGUUAGAGAAAUUCUCUCGUUCAUGGGGUAAGAAUGCGGCGUGGACUUCAAAAGAGAAGGGCGAGAUGCUGCCCAUUGCAUCUGUCCGAGAGUUAAAUAUGUAA